AUGCUUUCAAUACUUCUUGGUUACGUCUUAGUAGCGAGUUUAGUGCUGGUCGAGCACAGAUACGAAUCUCCUCGGACAACUACAGGUCUUCAGCUUUCUGGAGAUGAUCGUGGCAGUACGCAUCUGUUGUGGUUAACUUGGUUGGUUGUGUUGGCCAUUGCUCCUCUUCUGUGCUUGAUUACCCUAGCAAGUGCACCUCAGUGGAUAGGUUGGAUGGGACUUUGCUGGAUUGUGAGUGGGAUUGGAUUGUUACGCUGGGCAAUGCACGUGAAUCCAUUCUACUUGAGAGCAGUAGCAACAACUGAUGAUCAGUACAUUUGUAUUGAUGGACCAUACAAAGUAAUCCGUCAUCCCGGUUAUAUGGCCUUUUUGUUGGCCUGGGUUGGAUUUGGCCUUGCAAUCUCCAACUGGUUCUCUUUCGGAGUGGUGCUGAUUGUGGCGGUGUAUUCGUGUGUGCGACGGAUUCAGGCUGAGGAACAAAUGAUGAUGGACGUAUUUGGCGUGGAUUAUCAGCAAUAUGCAGACGAAACCUACAAGUAA